AUGGUUUUGCCAGGGAGAGGCAGGUUGGCCCCGAAGGACACUUUGGGGUUUAAAGUGCGAAGGAAGCUAGAUAAGGUGGAGAAGGCGAUCGGACCCUUCAUUAUCAAGAUUAUUCCAAGUUUCAUUGUGGCCCACUAUGUUUAUAUAAUGUCUGUUUGCAUUAUUGGGUCCAUUCUGAUAUAUCCACAGAAGAACUUGAAGUAUAUUGAUGCGUUGUUCUUUGCAGUUGGAGCGUCAACCCAGGCUGGCUUGAACACAAUCGAUUGCAACGACCUCACGCUGUUUCAGCAACUAGCUACCUAUCUGAUCGCGAUGAUUACCACUCCGAUUUUCAUCCAUGGAUCUCUUUCUUUUCUGAGGUUAUACUGGUUCGAGAAGUAUUUUGAUGAUAUCAAAGUGAGUGCCAAGCAGAAUUAUAAGAUGAGGCGAACUGCAACCUUUGCUGCUAUGAGGUCUCAGACCAUGGACUCUCAAAACCGCCGAACGAGAUCGUUCAAUAUGACAGAAUCUGGUGGUGGUGGCUUUGACAUCGCUAGAAGAAACAAAACUUACCAGGAAGCUCUCAAAAACAAUUCUUUGAGUCCAGGAAUUGCUACUGAGACGUCUCCUUCCUCAUCCAGCACGCAGAAGUCAACAGAUUUGGACCAGCCCAAUCAGGAUAUUGGGAUGAAAAUCCUUGCUCCGAAUCACUCAGAAGUAAGCCCUACUUCAGCAGAAUCGAUAAUGGAGAGUAUAGACAGUGAGGUGGUACAUUUGACUGAGCCUAGCGACUCAGAGGAGGACGUGGUGGAGAGAAUACCCUUGGAUCUCCAGUCUCCAGCACCUCCUCCUCCUGUGAUAAGAACACUUCCACCGACGGAGAGUCCAGAGACAGAUAUGACAAGUUCGGCCUCAAUAACACCAUCAGUAGGCGAUGCUGUGACUUCUCCGCAGAUCAGUUCUUCUGAAGUCUCUUUAGGGGAGAUGGCCGAACAUUCUGGAGCCAAAGCUAUAGAAUUUGCGUCCUUGCCUCAGCCAAAGAGAGGCCGUAUCGAGCCUAGAGACAUGUACAUGUCGAUCGCUAUGAUGCAGAAAAACAAACAGAUAAGCAACGAAAACGCAGAGUCAGGGCCUGCUUUGAGAAUCAGUGGCCCGGCAGAAAGAGAGAGACACAAACACAAGCCUCGCCACGGCCACCAUGGCCAUCAUCAUCAUCACCACCAUGGACAUUCUUUAAGUCCUCAUGGACAUUCAAGGGACGUGAAAAGUCCCGGUAGACACUCACGAUCCCCCAACAGACAUACCCACGAGAUUUCAGAGCCCGUUGAGACAACUGAUCAUAACGAAAACCAUUCUAACGAUCAGCCUUCUGGCCAGGAUUUGCACGAGGCGGAUAAUGAGGCCGAGAUUUCAGGCCUUCGCCAGACGCCCACAUCCAUUCAUUUUGCUGUGCCCGAUAUCCCUAGGCGUGAUGGAAGACGAGACUCUCAUUUGAGGCCUUUGAACCAUGAAGCUGACAACGAGCUUGACGAGGUGGAAGAAUUGGAAUCAUCGGAUGAGGAGGAUCCCGCUUUGAUUGCAAGAACGCAAAGUCAAGUGGUCGGCAAGUCCGAAGGCAGAUCUCAGUUGCCAAAGAGAUCAAUGACUCUUGAUAACUCAAAGGGUAAUGGAUUGCUCAAGUCGAGCUCAUUUGAACGGCAGAUGCGCAAGAGAUGGAGAAAGAGUCACCCCCUCAGAAAGCUGAGUAGGAAGCUCACCUUAACCAGGACUCGUUCUGGCCUGGGUGCAAGGCACCCUUCAUCGGAUAUGACGACUACAUCGGAUGAGUUUGACUCCGAGGACGAGGAGCUUGCUCUUAACUUCACGUUACCUCCAAACAGAUCUAUGUCGACCAAUUAUCUUUCCUGGAAUCCCACGCUGGGAAGAAAUUCGACGUUCAUUGCGCUGACUGACGAGCAGAAACAGGAAUUGGGAGGUGUUGAGUACUGUGCACUGAAGCUGCUUUCCAAGAUUCUAGUAGUAUACUAUAUUGGCUUCCAUUUCCUGGCAUUCACUCUGUUUGUCCCAUGGGUAUGCAAACAUCACAAAUAUGUCAAUGUGUUGCGAGAAGAUGGAAUUGCACCUGCCUGGUGGGGAUUUUACAAUGCUGCAAGCACGUUCAAUGAUCUCGGAUUCACACUUACGCCGGAUUCUAUGGUCCAGUUUGCUGAGGAUACUUACGUUUUGCUCCUGUCGUGCUUUUUCAUCGUUGUUGGUAACACCGGGUUCCCCGUUUUCCUCAGGUUUGUGAUCUGGGUUAUGUUUAAGUUGUCGCCAGAAUUCUCCCAAACGAAGGAAUCUUUGGGCUUUUUGUUGGACCACCCCAGACGUUGCUUCACGCUUUUGUUUCCCUCUGGACCAACCUGGUGGUUAUUUUUCAUAUUAUUGCUCCUGAAUGCACUGGAUUGGAUCCUGUUCAUCAUCCUGGACUUUCAUGCCAGCAGUUUGAAGAACCUUUCUGGAGGCUACAGAGUUUUAGACGGACUCUUCCAAGCGUUCAGCACCAGAACUGCCGGUUUUCUGGUUGUCAACCUCUCAUUGUUGCACCCUGCAAUCCAAGUCAGUUAUCUUGUGAUGAUGUAUAUUUCUGUCUUGCCUUUGGCUAUCUCCAUUAGAAGGACCAACGUCUACGAGGAACAGUCUCUCGGAGUGUACUAUGAUGACGAUUCAGAAGUGGACCAGGACAUGAGCGCAAAGAACUUCAUCAGCACACAUUUGAGAAAACAGUUGUCCUUCGAUCUGUGGUUUUUGUUCUUGGGCCUUUUCAUCAUCUGCAUUUGUGAGAAUGGUAAGAUGUCCAAUGGAGACGUCAACUUCGGGGUUUUCCAAGUGAUGUUCGAGAUCACGUCUGCCUACGGUACCGUUGGAUUAUCCCUGGGUUAUCCGAACACGGAUGCUUCGUUUUGUUCUCAAUUCACUGUGAUUUCAAAACUUGUCGUGAUUGCCAUGAUGAUCAGAGGUCGUCACAGAGGAUUGCCUUACGCUCUCGACAGAGCCAUCAUGCUUCCUAGCGAAAAGAUGAAACACCGUGAUGACGUUCAGGCACACCAUGCUGUCAGAAGAACCCAGAGUCUUUCCAGAAGUGCCACGGGCGUUUCUGGUGAUACGGUUUCCGAUGUUUCAAGCACCGAUGGACGUUCACUGGCGGGAGCAUUUAGACGUGUUAGCAGGGUACCCGGGGGAAUCAAGAGAAAGUUCAAUAAUUCUGUUUCGGGUGUACAUCCUGCCUCUAGAUAUUAUGACUUCCCACUGCGGACGGCAGAAACCCAACCUGUUACGAGGCAAUUCUCGAGAAGCUCCGGUUCUAGAUCAGAUCCUCGUCGUCACUCUGCCAAUCCACGUGAAGAAUACGCUGGUGAUGGUGCGUCCAUCGGCCGUAAUCGUUCUUCAGUAUCGAUGCGCUCGCGUACCUCAGCUGAACCAAUGGUAUCUUAUACUUCAGAACAGUUCUCAGGAGUCGAGAGCCCAAGUCUCGCCAACAGGCUCCGGUCCAAUUUGGUCCAUGAUUUUGACCCUAAAAACAUAGUGUCGGGUGGUGAGAAAAUUCUCAGGUUUGGUGGAGAUGCUUUCAAGAGGACACUGUCGAUGUGA